GUGGAGACAUCCUUUAGCCAAACAUGGGGGACAAUGAGGAUGCUGAAAAGGACAGCCAGGAGGAGAACUGUCUCAAUGGUGUUCAAUAUAACUGUCUUCAAUAUGAGGAGGUUCAUAUGGCGGACAGCACUAUAAUUAGACAGAUGAGGCCCACUGUGGCUUCCAGUUCCAGCAACCUACAAUUAAAGGCCAAGACUUUUGUGAAUGGGGUCAUCACACUUCAGAAAUCUUCAAGACUGAAAGAUUAGAGAUUGUCUCAUUUCCAGUAAGACCCAACAGCUGAUCCCAUCAGGGCUAAGCUAGUUUACGGGCAGACCAACUGAAGCUUUGACCUGGUGAACUCAAGAUACACACUGUCCCACCAGCCAAUCACAGAUUACCCACAAUCCUCUGUCAGACUUUCCCAUGUGCAGCAGGCUCCAGACUGCAGGACAGGCUGAAACUCUCCAACCAUGCAGAUCUCUUCCUGUUUCUGACGGACGAUGCGCUGCAUGGCGGGAGGCAGGCCGCGGGGGUUUCUGGAGAAGAUGAGGGAGUAUCCAUCCUCGCAGCUGCCAUCUUCCUUCAGGGUGCGGCAGGCGUAGAGUGACACGUCCUUUGGAGGAGGCGACCAUGGAGCCGUCAUCGUCAAUGGUGUACUCGGCUGAGAUGUUGUCCUGCAGGAACAGGCCCUCUGGAUCUUUCUUCUGCAAAGUUGGCGGCAGCUCUUUUAGAGCAGAUCUGGACCGAGUAGGAACUGCAUCUCUGAGCUGAAGAGAGAGAAGACAGGAGCACUUUGGGAGAAGAGGAGGAAGCAGGAACCAUGGGUGUUCAAAGGGAAGAUGUGGAAAAGUUCCUGAGAGAGAACCCUGCGUUUGCUAAACAAUACUUUGCCAAGACGAUGAGUGCUGCCUCAAUAUCCAAGGCAUCAGGACUCCCAGAGAAACAGAUCAACUUCAGCCAGUAUAAGGAGCUCAGUCAGUUUGAGGAAAGCCAAAUCAUGUACGACCUGAUCAAAGACAUGCAGGAGAAUGUCAACAUGGAAAAGGUGGUCUUCAAAAUCCUAAAGAGAAUCAGCGCGCUCAUCCAUGCAGAUCGAUGCAGCUUGUUUAUGUACCGACAGCGGAACGGCAUCGGAGAGCUCGCCACAAGGCUCUUCAACGUCAACGCAGAGGCACAGCUGGACGACUGUGUGGUGCCACCGGACUCUGAGAUCGUCUAUCCACUAGACAUGGGAAUAGUCGGCCAUGUGGCCCUAACCAAGAAGACUGUCAAUGUUAAAGAUGUCGCAGAGAGCCAGCACUUCAGCACGUUUGUGGAUGAACUCACAGAGUACAAAACCCGGAAUAUUCUAGCAGCUCCGAUCAUGAACGGCAAAGACAUGGUGGCUGUGAUCAUGGCUUUAAACAAGACCUCAGGACCUCAUUUCACCGCUGAGGAUGAAGAUCUCUUUUUAAAGUAUAUGAAAAUCGCAACCUUGAACUUGAAGAUCUACCACCUGAAUUACCUCCACAACUGUGAGACACGUAAAGGACAGCUGCUGCUGUGGUCUGCUAACAAGGUGUUUGAAGAGCUGACAGACAUUGAGCGACAGUUUCACAAAGCCUUGUACACGGUCCGAGCCUACCUCAACUGUGACCGCUACUCUGUGGGUUUACUGGAUAUGACAAAGGAUAAGGAGUUCUUUGAUAUCUGGCCAGUGUUGAUGGGAGAGCAGCCGCCAUAUUCUGGACCUGUCACUCCUGAUGGCAGAGAAGUGAUUUUCUACAAAAUUAUUGAUUAUAUAUUACAUGGAAAAGAAGAUAUUAAAGUAAUACCCACUCCGCCUGCAGAUCACUGGGCCUUGAGUAGCGGCCUGCCUACUUACGUUGCUGAGAGCGGCUUUAUUUGUAACAUUAUGAACGCAGCAGCAGAUGAGAUGUUCCAGUUUCAGACCGAGCCUCUUGACAGCAGUGGUUGGACCAUAAAAAACGUUCUCUCAUUGCCAAUCGUCAACAAAAAAGAGGAGAUUGUGGGAGUGGCCACUUUUUACAACAGAAAGGAUGGGAAACCUUUUGACGAUCAGGAUGAGCAGCUCAUGGAGGCUUUGACUCAGUUCCUAGGCUGGUCUGUUUUGAACACGGACACUUACGACAAGAUGAACAAGCUUGAGAACAGGAAAGACAUCGCUCAAGACAUGGUGCUCUACCAUGUCAAAUGUCGGGAUGAUGAGAUUCAGAACAUCCUGAACACCAGAGAGGUUUAUGGCAAUGAGCCCAGAGAGUGUGAAGAGGACGAGCUCCUCGAUAUCCUGAAAAAAGACCUACCUCCAUUGAUUAAGAAGUUUGAGAUCUACGAGUUCCGGUUUUCGGAUUUUAACUGCACAGAGAUGGAGCUGGUGAAGUGCGGCAUCCAGAUGUACUAUGAGGUCGGGGUGGUUAAGAAGUUCCAGGUCCCCCAGGAGGUUCUGGUCCGGUUCAUGUAUUCGGUCAGUAAAGGCUACAGAAAAAUCACCUACCACAACUGGCGUCAUGGCUUUAAUGUGGGACAGACCAUGUUUACUCUCUUAACAACGGGAUUGUUAAAGAGAUACUACACUGACUUGGAGGUGAUGGCCAUGAUAACUGCAGGCUUCCUGCAUGACAUUGAUCACAGAGGAACAAACAACUUGUACCAAGUCAAAUCUGGCAACCCUCUGGCCAAGCUUCACGGCUCAUCCAUUUUGGAACGACACCAUUUAGAGUUUGGGAAGUUUUUACUGGCUGAUGAGACACUGAACAUCUACCAAAACCUCCACAGGCGUCAGGUGGAACAUGUGAUUCAUCUCACGGACAUCGCCAUCAUCGCCACUGACCUGGCUCUUUACUUCAAGAAGAGAACGAUGUUCCAGAAGAUCGUGGACCUUUCACACACAUAUGAGGAUGAGAAGAAGUGGGUUGACUUCAUGUCUCUAGAAACAACCAGGAAAGAAAUCCUCAUGGCCAUGAUGAUGACUGCGUGUGACCUGUCAGCUAUCACUAAGCCUUGGGAGGUACAGAGCAAGGUUGCCUUGUCUGUAGCAGCAGAGUUUUGGGAGCAGGGUGACCUGGAGAGGACAGUACUGGAGCAGCAACCGAUUCCCAUGAUGGACAGAAACAAGUCAGCAGACCUUCCAAAGCUGCAGUGCGGUUUCAUUGACUUCGUCUGCACAUUUGUCUACAAGGAGUUUUCUCGCUUCCACCCACAAAUCCAGCCCAUGCUGGACGGCAUCCUGAACAACAGGAAGGAGUGGAACGCUAAAAAGGAAGAGUAUGAGGCUAAACUCAAAGCCUUAGAGGAAGAGAAGGCUGCACAAGAGGCAGCCAAAGGUCCAACAAACAACCAUGCUGGUGGAGGCUCAGGUUCCAAGACCUGUUCAGUGUGCUAAAGGACCACAAAGCUGUGCAUAUGAUGCGACUGUAAAUGGAGCACCUACAGUAUGAUUGACUACUUUGGGAGUCCCUGAGCUCCACAGCUAACUAAUGUGACUGUCUUAAUGUCAAGGGGGAAAAAAGUCAGAUGGGAAAAAUGAUUAGAGAGGGCACACCUCUUAGGUUUUUAUUCAGGAAUACUGGAUAUGAUUAGAGAGAAACCUGAAACUGAGAAAAUGUCGAGUCAUAGAAGGACAUUAAUUCAGGUGAGUGAAGAUAUUCAACCUAAUCUUCCACACCAAGGGAUGGUUACCUAUUCUUAUAUACCUAGUUAUAAAUCUGGAGUCAAGAUGAUUUUUGGUAUGUUUUUUUUCCCAUCCUCAUACACUACCAGUUUCUUUGCCUAUUGGGUAUUGAUUUUAGUGACUGAUGGUAGAAAAACUGUGUGUCUGUUUCUUUACAGUAGUUAUCAAAGGACAAAUUAAGAGGAUAACAUUUGUACAUAUAUCUGUAUAGCUGGUGAUACCUUUGUAAACAAUGUAAAUUUUAAGAGUACAUGCUGUACAGGAAAAUCCUUUACUACAAAUACCAAGUUAAAUUUGAGAAAAUAUCAUGCACGAACCUCGGUACUAUGUAUAUUGUACAUUCUUGCAAAAUACAUUUAAUGUUUAAAAGUAUACGUUCAGACAGUUAGCAGACAGAGUAUUUAUUAGAUUCUGUAAAUAUAUUUAGUCCUGUCAUCUGAUAAAACCCUGUACACUACUUCCAGUCAGAAUUUGUUUACUAUGAUUUCACAGAGCCAAACAUAGAAGAAAAGCUAAAGGCAGCUGCAGUAGAUCAUACUUCUAAAUGUUGAAAGGUCUGUAGUUGCUUUCUUGUGAUGCUUUUUAAAUACAUAUGAGGGAGUAGCUGAAAUAUGUAUAUAAUGAAUAUACAAGUUCUAAUGUCUUAUAGAAUAAGAGCAGACUGAAACACUUUUCUGUUCUGGACAUAUGUUGUUUCCAGAUAAGCUUAUUAUUAUGCAUAUAAUGAUAAUACUUUUUAAAGCACAUAAAGCAACUGUCUAUUUCCAACUGCUGCCAAAAAUUACAACUCGUCUACUCUGGAUGGGAAAUUCAUGAUCUCCAUGGAUCGGUAACACCGUGAGAAGCAGCAGAGGUCAGCCCUAGCAACACUGAACAGUAACUGGGUUUGUGAUCUUGGUACAGGGCUAUGAUAGGUUAAGAUGUGUUUUGAUGUGUCGACAAAACAGAACACAAAAAUGUAAAUGUGGAAAAUGCCCAAACUCAAAAAGCAUCGGGUCAAAGACCUGGAGGCAGGACAAUUGAGGAAGUAGUGCAAAACAUGUGCACAUCAGGCACAGCUGCAAAAACAACUUCACGUCAUGAAUUAUAUAUAAAAGCUUCCACCCUGUAAUAUAUUAUAUUAUAUUAAGGUUUAGUCAAAAUAUAGAUGAUUUUCUCAGAGGUAAAAGUUGUUACCUCAUAAAAUCCUGAAGCGUUUUUUUUUUUUAAAUAUGUGAAUCUUGCUUGCCUAAAUGUACAUAUGUUAAAGCAUGCCACAUAUGUUAAAAAAGAAGAAGUGUAAAUCAGAGAUGGCUGUACAAUAGUCGACAGUAAAUGUACCUUAAUCUGCUUGAGAUAUUGGGCCAAUUCAGCCUGGUGGUUGAGUUGCGUGCCCCAUGUGCAGAGGCUGUGGUCCUCAGCUGGUCAACCCGACCAUUCAGCCCUUUUCCCCCCCCAUAUCACUCCCCACUCCCUUCUGGUUUCCCUCUCUUUCCAGUCCUAUCCUCUCUAAAUGAAGGCAUACAAAGCCUGAUGAUGUAUUUUACAAAAGUAGCUUGAGAUUUAACAUCUUUAAAUGAAUGAAUGAACGGUCAUUCAGUAACUAUAUUUGUAAAAUGACGGAACAAUAAAGCAAAUGUAUUUUUCUGGA